CUGUGUAUUGGAAGAAAUCGCCGCCUAUCGUGAAGAAGAAAACUAAAUCCUAUUUCUCGUUUUGGGUUUUUCGCUGAACAAAAACCUCUUUACAUGCUAACUUGUUCCAAAGAAUUUCAAAUACAAUUAUACAAUGCAAGCAGGAGCACCAGUAGAUCAGUCAAAUAUUAGAAAUUUUCGGGACUUCCUGUUGCAAUAUAACAAGUUGACAGAGAAUUGUUUCAAUGUUUGCAUCAGUAAUUUAAACAGCAGGAAAUCCACAAAAGAAGAGGACUCAUGCAUCGAUGCCUGUGUCAAUCGCUUUGUCCGCUACAAUCAGAGGGCUAUGGGCACAUUCGUUGAAGCACAGCUUAAAAAACGUGAAAAAGAAGCUAAGGAAGCGGCAAACCUACCGUUUAAUUUACAACCAGUGGAACAUUUAGAAGGGGCAACAGAAGUAAACGCACCAGUCGGGUCUGGCGAUGUGAAAGUUGAUCCUGUUUUAUCAGAGAUGAAUAUUCCUGUUAGUGAGAAUGAAAUUGCUGUAGAGACAACAUGAGAAAAUGAUGGUCUGGUAGUGGGCUGACCCUAGAUAGACAUGAUAGAUGAGAGGUUCAGUGAAGACAUUGAUUUGUUGUGGAAUAUUAAAGAGGUUUAAAAACAACUCGAUUGGAGUAACCAAUGUUUGUAGUAUAAACCACCAUUAGAGAGGUUUAGAAAACAUUUGAUUGGAGUAACCAAUAUGAAAGAGAGGUUACAAAAUGCCCUAAUAGGUGUAACCACAAACAAAGAGAUGUUUUAAAAUGCCUUGACUGGAGUAACCAACAUUAGAGAGGUUUAGAAACACCAUGAUGGGAGAAAACGGGUAACCAAUGUUGAGUUAGAAACACUUUGUUUUGAGUUGCCAGUAUUAGAGGAUAGAAACAUCUUGACUGGAGUAGCCAAUAUUAGAGAGGUUUGAAAUGCCGUGAUUUGAUUGGACUAGCCAAUGUCAGAGAGGUUUGAAAUACUGUGAUUGGAGUGACCAGCAUUAGCGAGGUUUCAAAAUGCCUUGAAUGGAGUUACUUACAUUGGAGAGGUUUAGAAACACCUUGAUGGGAGAAACCAGUGUUGACGAGAGUACCCAAUAUUAGGCCUACUACUAUUGUAUGCAAGUUAGAAUAAAAACAUUUCUGUUGUUUAUUUGACGUGCUAAAUUCAUUCCAGCAAUGCAACCUCUACCUGUGACCGGUUUAUACACAGGAGAAAAACUCUUACUCACGAACCCUGUAUAAAACUCAAGCUAUCAAAUGUCAUGCUUCUAAAAUUUGUUAACCAAUCUAUAUUUAUGAUGGAAUAAAACAAAAGCUAUAUUAUUGUAUCAGGAUAUAAUUAUGUUUAUAACAGGAUUUGUCAGGAAAAAAAUAAAGCG